UCUGUUAUUCAUCGUCACUACUGUCUCGUUUCUCGCUUGCACUUCGAACCCUAAAUUUCAUCAGCUGCAACAACCUUGGAGCACCAUUUCUGCAAACUUUUGGAGCUGAAAUAAUAUCCGUGGGUUCAAAAUGAUCUCGGCUAUUUCUUGGGUUCCCAAGGGGAUUGCAAGGGCUAUUCCGGCUGAGGUUGAGCCACCUACAAAGGAGGAAAUUGAAGAAAUAAUUAAAAGUGGUACCUUAGAUAGAAGCGACGACUCUGAAAAUGAAGAUAAUGAUGAAAUGGAUCUUGAUGCUGCAAAACGAGCUGGUGAUAUUUCCCAGGCAUUAGCUGCUGCCAAGGCACUUGAUAUGACACCUAAAACCACAACCUUUGGUACUAAAGAUAUGACCGAUGCCCUUAAGGAGCUUAACAUGGAUAAUUAUGAUGAAGAGGAUGAUGGCAUUGAAAUAUUUAGUACUGCUAUUGGGGACAGGUACUAUCCAAGUAACGAGAUGGAUCCAUAUCUGAAGAAGGAUGAUGAGGAUGAUGACGACGAUGAAAUUGAGGAUAUGACCAUAAAAGCAACAGAUGCAGUAAUUAUUUGUGCACGUACUGAUGAUGAUAUCAGCCAACUUCAGGUUUGUGUUUUUGAGGAGUUAGAAGAUGGUGAAUUUAACUUUUACUCUCAUCAUGAUAUCAUCCUUCCAGCUUUUCCCCUCUGUACGGCUUGGCUUGAUCUUGACGUUAAAAAAACUGGUGGAGAUAAAGGAAACUUUGUAGCCGUCGGUACGAUGGAGCCUGCUAUUGAAAUUUGGGAUCUCGACCUGAUUGAUGAACUUCAGCCAUGUCUUGUAUUAGGUGGCGUUGCCAAGAAAAAACAGAAAGGGAAAAAGAAGGGGAUCAAUUAUGAAGAGGGUAGUCAUAAAGAUUCUGUACUUGGCCUUGAUUGGAACAAAAAGGAAAAGAAGUAUCUUGCCAGUGCAAGUGCUGACAACUCUGUUAAGAUUUGGGACAUAGAAGCUGGGAUAUGUUUCGCCACAAGAAACGGCCACACAGACAAGGUUCAAGCUGUUGCAUGGAAUCCGCACGCGCCAAAUGCUCUUCUCAGUGGAUCUUUUGAUCACUCAGUUAUUUUGGUGGACAUGAGAUAUCCUUCACAUCCGGGUUUCAAAUCUGUAGUCACAGCAGAUGUGGAGUGCUUAGCAUGGGACCCACAUGACGAGAACUCAUUUUUGGUCAGUCUCGAAGAUGGUACUGUUCAAGGUUUUGAUGUUCGUACUGCUUCAACUGAGGGUUGUAAGCCAUCUUUCACCCUCCAUGCUCAUGAUAAACCUGUUAGCUCGAUUUCCUUUUGUCCAACUGCUCCUAAGCUACUUGCAACGGGGUCCACAGAUAAAAUGGUGAAACUAUGGGAUUUAUCAAACAACCAGCCAUCGUGUGUUGCAACCAAGAAUCUUAAAGCUGGAGCCGUUUUUUCUACGUCUUUCUCCGAAGACUGUCCUUUCUUACUAGCCAUAGGAGGCUCCAAAGGAGACUUGCAAGUGUGGGACACAUUGACUGAAACAGGAGUUGCUCGAAGGUUCGGCAAAUACAGCAAUAGGAAACCUCCCGCACCACGGGAGGAGGGUGCAGAUCAGGAAAUAGAAGAGGAAGAUGACGAGGGUUUAAGCAGUGAUUAAUGUGUUUGGUGGAAAUUAUUGCUAGUAAAUUAACUCUCAACCACAGAGAAGCGAAAGGAGAUGCAUGCAGAUAAAAAACAUGAAGUUUUUUCUACUGAUGCUUUCUACUCGAGCUGAGCACAUACUGAUAUAUGUGACAUGGGCUCCCAUGUAAACCCAGUAGAAAUCUGUUUCUCUUCUAUAGCUACUACAGGUUGUGCAGUUUUUUCCUUUUUGAGAAGUGUAUCCUAGUAUUUAGGAAGGGGGAUAAGAGUUGGGGAAUAGAGGAGAAAACUGUCAGGAAGUAAUGUCGUGUUUUAGUAUUUUUUGACGAGUGAAAUAUGAAAACCAUGGUGAGUUGCCUUAUACUUGUUUGUUUGUAUUCUGCAAAACAGAAAUCACUUGUUAUCAGGCAUUUUGAUGUGGUUGAUUCAAGGUUUCAACAAUCAUAGACCCAUAUAAGCAAUUAUAGCAAGGGUCGAGCUUAUCAUAAUACUUGCCAUUCA